AUGGAAAGCAGGGGGGACAGAUCGGCUUGGACCGAGUCCAUCGUGUCGACGCGCAAGAACUCGUCGGAAUGGCAGUUAUCGAGACCAAACUCGCCCAUUCUGAGUCUCAAGCCGGACCACGAAAAGACAAACGACGCCAACCCGGACACAAAUACAGAUAUCUUCAACCCAUCCAUGACACCGGCUGUCGAAAAGGGCGAGGACCCGUUCCGUGACGACCCAGACCACCCCGGCGGCGGUGUCGACAUGUUCGAUCCGAACCGGCCCAAGAUGCCCCUGAAGCAGCGGCUGCACCACUUCACAUGGGCUUGGUACACGCUCACCAUGAGUACCGGUGGUCUGUCGCUCCUCAUCUUCGCCCAGCCGCACCAGUUCCCUGGUCUCAGGCAGAUCGGCAUGGCUGUCUACGUGGUCAACAUCUUGCUGUUCGUCGCCGUAUGCUCUGCCAUGGUGCUGCGGUUCUUCUUCAACCCCGGAGACAUGGCCAAGUCGCUCACCCACGAGCGCGAGGGCUUCUUCUUCCCGACCUUCUUCCUCUCCAUCGCGACCCUCAUCACCGGUACCCAACGCUACGCCAUCCCCAACAACGACUCGACGCUGGUGUGGGCCAUUCAAGUGGCCUUUUGGGGAUACGUCAUCCUCACCCUCAUGCUGGCCAUCGGCCAGUACAGCUAUGUGUUCGCCGCCCACAGCUUCGGCCUGCAGACCAUGAUGCCGACGUGGAUCCUUCCCAUCUUCCCCAUUAUGCUCUCGGGCACGAUUGCCUCCGUCAUCGCUGACACGCAGCCCGAGAUCGCGGCCGUUCCCAUCAUCGUGGCCGGCUUGACGUGCCAGGGUCUCGGCCUGUCGGUCGCCGUCCUCAUGUACGCACACAUGGUCGGCCGCUUGAUGUCGGCCGGCCUGCCCAACCGCGAGCACCGUCCCGGCCUGUUCAUGAACGUCGGCCCCCCGUCAUUCACUGCUCUGGCCCUCAUCGGUAUGGCCAACGGCCUCCCCGACAGCUUUGACCCCGACCUGGACGGCGUCAUCAUCGACGCUGGCAUCAUCCGUACAAUUGCCCUGAUAUCCGGCAUCAGCCUCUGGGCCCUCGCGGCCUGGUGGUGGGGCAUUGCCGUCAUCGCGGUCCUCCAGUCGCCUCCCGUCUACUUCCAUCUCGGCUGGUGGGCCAUGGUCUUCCCCAACACCGGUUGGAUCCUUGCCACCAUCUCCAUCGGAAAUGCCAUGGCCAGCGAGGCAGUCAAGUGGAUGGGCACCGGCAUGAGCAUUGUGCUCCUCCUCACCUACUUCUAUGUCCUCUACAACCACGUCCGGGCCGUGGUAAAACAAGAUAUCAUGUACACCGGAAGGGACGAGGAUUACAACGACCACUAG